CAUUUUGACAUUUGUUUGGCUUUGUGUUCUACAAUAAAAAUGAUCAUGUAAUUACUCAUAAAAAAGGUUGAUUUGUUUAUAUUUCCGUGAUUGAACUAUUCGCUGGUGUUAUGGACGAAUAAUAUGUAAUGCAUCAGUGAGAAACGCGUUCGUUUAACAGCGCAUAAAUCAAUACUGUGUUAGUGCCGCUUUUUUAUUUUCGCGACGUUUAUUUCUUAGUUAAUUAAGUGUUUAUAAGCUAAAAUGUGUUUUGUAACGCAAAAAUAUUAGUAUAACUCUGUUUUGGACACAAUUUGAUGUUGUAUAAGUUCGGAUAUGUGAUAAAAAGUGUUGUGUGAAAAAGGCGCGAACACUUUUUUGCCGCGCUGAUUAUUUGGAGACAAAAAUAAACCAGAAUGUGUUAAAACAAAGGCGUUUGAGACGCGCGUUAUAUUUAUUAGACUUUCCUUGCGCUCUGAGUAAAUUUUCGCUGCUAUUCAACUUAAUUCACAUGGAUUGAAAAAUAACUUUCUAAUUUUCGUAUUGGGCCUAUGUUAAGCCCUAUAAUCUUGCGAUGCGGUUAAGGAGUAGAAAGAGGGAGCGACCGCUCUCGGGCAAGAGGAACUCGCAGAAAGUCUCAACCUUGAAAAAACCCAUCAACAAAUCACUAUCAAAGUCUUCCAAUGCUACUUGGAAGAAGAUUUUAAAGAGGGAUACUGCUAAAAAUGGUAUACAGUCGGCCCAAACUUACGUGACGAGGUCACAGAAGAACCUUAAAACAAGGCCGGUCAGAACUAUUAAAAGCAUGGAGAAACCCGUUGAGACACCGCACAAAACUAAAACUAAGCACAAAGAUGAUUCUCGCAAUAAAAAACCAAUCUUCCAAACUGUUGUUAGGAGUUCAACUAAGGAUACGGUCACAUCUUCAACUAACCUGAAGCCUAAGACUGCUCAGAACGAUAAAGUCACUACAACUUCCAAAUCUAAGUUGAAGGAGGUCCGUACCACAAAAAGUGUGCAGUUACGUCACAGCUCCUUGAACAGGGAGCUCCGUAAAACUGAAGUAGUCUCCACAGCUAUGGGUUCCCCAAGGAAGACUCGCCGUAUGGAUAAAACUGACAAGUCUGCUUCUCUGAACAGUUCUCCAAUACGUAAGGUACGUCAGAUGGGCAUCACUGCUUCUCCAAAGAUCACGAAGACCACUGUCAGUUCUACCGAUGAGAGUCCAAAGAAGAAAACCAAGACUAAAGCUGCCAUUGUUCCUGAAACUCCAGCCUGGACUGCUGAUGAUAAUGAUGUAACAAUGUACGAAGCUCAUACAACGACUCUGCUGGACUUCCCAGCUGCCAAAAGUGAGGAGUCUGACUCAGAUGCUCACGUUGAGUCGUCAAAACUGUGUCUUCCUAACGAUUGCCUUAAUGACUUCAUAGCUAUAGCUGAAUGUGCACGGUUGAUUAACGAUAACAUGACAACAGAGGACGAAGACAUUAACUUCUUAGCAGACAAGGCAGCUAGAGUGAUGACAACGGAUAAAGAACAGAAAACUUCAAGGAAGAAUUCUGUUGAGAAAAGAGUGAUUAAAAGAAGGAAGUCUAGUAACGAUUUAGAGAUGUACCAGCCGACUUCAACAACCGAUGACUUGGACAGUUGCACCGAUUUCCUGACCACAGCUGAAAAAUAUGUUCAGCCGGACUUCGUAACAAUGCUGGAGCAGGACGGAUAUGUGCGCGACUCGGAGUGCGAGAUAUCCUCGACUUGCGACACGCACGGCACCGCUAUAGAGAGCCUGGAGGCGCUAUCAGCUCGCGGACCCAGCUCCGGGUUCCUGGCUGAGAUUAGCCAGAGCUUAGCUGCUGAAGGGCACGUUUGGAAUCCAUCUGACAUGUCGGCUGAGGAAGCUUCCUUAGUGUGUCACGAUGAACAGAACCCUUCGGAUAUCGAGGAGGAGGCUGGUGACGUGAUAUCGUCCUGCAGCCGCGUGGAGGUGGAGCAGAUCUCCUCGUGGGUCGACGCCUUCGACCCCUACUUGUUCAUCAAACAGCUGCCCCCGCUGGAGUCGGUGGCGACGGGCGCGUUGCGGGCGCGGUACCCCGCGCUGCCCCUCAAGACAAGGACAAGCCCCGACUUCAGUCUCGUACUAGACUUGGACGAGACGUUGGUGCACUGUUCGCUGCAAGAGUUGCCCGAUGCCAGCUUCCACUUCCCAGUGCUCUUCCAAGACUGCAGAUAUACUGUGUUCGUGCGCACGCGGCCGCACUUCGCGGAGUUCCUGUCGCGGGUGUCGCGGGUGUACGAGGUGAUCCUGUUUACGGCCUCCAAGCGCGUCUACGCCGACCGCCUGCUCAACCUGCUCGACCCCGCGCGCCGCUGGAUCAAGUACAGACUAUUCCGCGAGCACUGCCUACUGGUGAACGGCAACUACGUGAAGGACCUCUCGAUCCUCGGCCGGGACCUGCGCAAGACCGUGAUCGUCGACAAUUCACCACAAGCAUUCGGCUAUCAGCUGGAGAACGGUAUCCCCAUAGACAGCUGGUUCGUGGACCGCUCCGACAACGAGCUGCUCAAACUGCUGCCCUUCCUGGAGCACCUCGCCACGAAAGACGACGUGCGGCCGUACAUACGAGACAAAUACAAGUUGUUCAGCUACUUGCCUCCGGACUAAACGUAAAUAUAUCGCAACACUACGAUACAGCACGAUUUGUUCAGACAUUAUUACUGUAUUUUAUACAUAUUUGUUAUGACCCAACUAGUUGGCCAGCUAGUUCCGCCCCCAUGCAACAGAUGGCGCCACAUUCAAUAAUGCAGUCUUCAAGCAGUCCUGAAACGCGAUAUCGAAGUUUACACAGCAAGACGCAUAUAUACAACUUCCAACAUAACACCGUCGGAUCGUCGAUCCCUAGUCACACUACCAACUUGUGGCUAGCGGGGUACUAUACUCUGUUCGGUACCACGAUAACCUCCUCAAAAGCAGCACAUCCUCGCCGACAAAUUUGUAAUCUGUAAUUACAACCAUAUAAAGUGAGCCAUCAUGUUAGAAAGUACACAAUCCCUCUGUCGGUUUUAAAGAAAAACACGGUAAUAAUGUCUAAAUAAGUCCAUUCCUAAAAUAACAGGAAUAUGAUUUUCAAAAUUGGCAACAUUAUGAAAAUAUUCUAAAUUACUUUAUAAUAAUUAGGUUGUUAUAAUUUAUUGUAAUUGGCAGGCUAGAACGGCGGGUGUUGAAAUCAUUGUAAUUAAAAAAAAGUAAAACAACAUGGCGGGCGUAUUUGCGGUUUAGAUUAUUAUUUUUUAGAUUUAUGAAAAUAGAAAGAAGGUCCCUUUUAUUUUUUAUGAGGCUUUUUGGAAAUACGAAAAAAAAAACAAAAAUAAAAAUCUCAAGCGCAGGUCGCUAUUUCUUAAAAAAAAUGAUAUUUCCAAAAAAUAUUUUUUACUUUUUAAAUCUUUAUGCAAUGAUUUCAACACGAGUCUAAAUUAAGAAUCGUAAUUUAGAAUUAAAACGAGAAGUAUUAUGUAUUAGAAAUUGCAUUUUCAAAAAUUGGUAUUUUUGUUUUUUUAAUCUGUGAUUGUUCGUCGGCGUUGUUGUGUAUGUGUACUCAUUAUAAGCAAUACAGUCAUACAUACACACGUUAUACAUACAUAAAUAAUAAUAAAAUAAAUAAUAAAUAAUGUUUAUUACUCUCACAUCAACACGAUAAUUGGUAAUUAACAAUAAAACAAGAUUAUGAUACAGUGGUUGGUGAGAGAGACUGGGGUCUGUGAGAAGCGUUAGCUUGUAGUACAGAACCCCAGGCUCCCCCCUCGGAUGAUUAGUGUCUAUAGCUACUUAUUUUAUGUUUAUACAUACAUACAUACAUAAACUCACGCCCGUAAUCCCUAAUGGGGUGGGCAGAGCCACAA